AUGCGACACGCCGAACGCGGCUGCCACGGGCAACUAGACUCAGAAGCACACAAGCUGCCAUGGGCCGACUCGUUCCGCGCCCACCUCAAGGCAGUGACGCGCCUCAAGGGCAUCACCAUGGCCGAAGCGAAGGCGGGAUGCCAUUGGCCCGGGGGCCUCUACGUCAACUUCCAGUUCGUUCUAGACACCGAGUGGGUUGCCACCGAGCGGUCCGACGAGGAACUUGCGGUGCGCCGCAAGCUGUGGCAAGAAUAUGUUGAGGGGCAAAUGAUUCCUUGGGAAAGGUGA